AUGGCGGCUAGCCUUGUUGGCGAACUCUUCGACAAGUGGGAUCUGACCUUCCCUGAGAAAGCAACGAAAAAAGAAGCUCUCCCCGACCCUACCGGGUUCAAUUGGAAAGUGCAGCAAUCAGGAGAGGCAGCGGGUCAACAGGCCAUCCAAAAGCUUGCCCAACAAAAAGCUAUCCUGGAGAAACGCGCAUGGGAGACUGCUAUCAGUCCGGCUAAGUCAAUAUUCAUGAACUUGUUCAUGCUCUGGAUGAGCGGCUCUGGACCUGGCUUGUUUAGUAUACUUAUUGUGGGUUAUGCUACUAUGAACACCGUCAAGAGUCUUGCCAAAUGCAACCAGGUCUUCGACCAAUUCGCUGCUGCUAACGUGAUUCUCCAAAAGCUGGCUUACAUUGGCAUUAACGUUGCGAUAUUAGCAUACUUGGGGAAUCAUGCUGCGAAUAUGGGUAUUCUGCCGAUCGCCAGUGGGGACUGGAUCCAGUUCAUCCCGGAGCAACGGGUGGUAGAAUCAGCUCGGCCUCUGAAUGCGCGCUUGUUUGUUGAUGACGUCAACGGUGGAAUCUAG